CUUACAAAACACUACACAGCAAAAUAAUGAUCUGCUAGACUGCUAACCCGAGCAUCCAGCUUCCACAAUGCCUGUGCAGGCAGCUCAAUGGACAGAAUUUCUGUCCUGUCCAAUCUGCUAUAAUGAAUUUGAUGAGAAUGUGCACAAACCCAUCAGUUUAGGUUGUUCACACACUGUUUGCAAGACCUGCUUGAAUAAACUUCACCGAAAAGCUUGUCCUUUUGACCAGACUGCCAUCAACACAGACAUUGAUGUGCUUCCUGUCAACUUUGCACUUCUCCAGUUAGUUGGAGCCCAGGUACCAGAUCAUCAGUCCAUAAAGUUAAGUAAUCUAGGUGAGAAUAAACACUAUGAAGUUGCCAAGAAAUGCGUUGAAGAUUUAGCACUCUACUUAAAACCACUAAGUGGAGGUAAAGGUGUAGCUAGUUUGAACCAGAGUGCACUGAGCCGUCCAAUGCAAAGGAAACUGGUGACACUUGUAAACUGUCAACUGGUGGAGCAAGAAGGUCGUGUAAGAGCCAUGCGAGCAGCCCGUUCACUUGGAGAAAGAACUGUAACAGAACUGAUAUUGCAACACCAGAACCCUCAGCAAUUGUCUGCCAAUCUAUGGGCUGCUGUCAGGGCUCGAGGAUGCCAGUUUCUAGGGCCAGCUAUGCAAGAAGAGGCCUUGAAGCUGGUAUUGCUGGCACUAGAAGAUGGUUCUGCCCUCUCAAGGAAAGUUCUGGUACUUUUUGUUGUGCAAAGACUAGAACCAAGAUUUCCUCAGGCGUCAAAAACAAGUAUUGGUCAUGUCGUGCAACUACUGUAUCGAGCUUCUUGUUUUAAGGUUACCAAAAGGGAUGAAGACUCUUCCCUGAUGCAGCUAAAGGAAGAAUUUCGGAGUUAUGAGGCAUUACGCAGAGAACAUGAUGCCCAAAUUGUACAUAUUGCUAUGGAAGCAGGACUCCGUAUUUCACCUGAGCAAUGGUCUUCACUUCUAUAUGGUGACUUGGCUCAUAAAUCACACAUGCAGUCUAUCAUUGAUAAGCUGCAGUCUCCAGAAUCAUUUGCAAAGAGUGUCCAGGAAUUGACAAUUGUUUUGCAACGAACAGGUGACCCAGCUAACUUAAAUAGACUGAGGCCUCAUUUAGAGCUUCUUGCAAACAUAGACCCUAAUCCAGAUGCUGUUUCACCAACUUGGGAGCAGCUAGAAAAUGCAAUGGUAGCUGUUAAAACAGUGGUUCAUGGCCUUGUGGACUUCAUACAAAAUUAUAGUAGAAAAGGCCAUGAGACACCUCAGAUAUUUUCAAGGUAUCGAUUAAGGAACAAAAAGAUCAAUGCCACUGUAAGAACGUUUCCUCUUCUAAAUAAAGUUGGUGUAAACAACACUGUCACAACCACAGCCGGAAAUGUCAUUUCUGUCAUAGGAAGUACUGAAACAACGGGGAAAACUGUUCCAAGUACAAACGGAAUUUCAAAUGCAGAAAACAGUGUUUCCCAGCUAAUCUCACGUAGUACUGACAGUACCUUAAGAGCUCUGGAGACUGUGAAGAAAGUGGGGAAAGUUGGCACUAAUGGUCAGAAUGCUACCGGACCCUCUGCAGAUUCUAUAACUGAAAAUAAAAUUGGUUCUCCACCCAAGACUCCUGUAAGUAAUGUAGUGGCUACCUCAGCUGGACCCUCUAAUGCUGGAACAGAGCUGAAUUCUGUGCCUCAAAAAUCCAGCCCAUUUCUAACUAGAGUACCAGUAUAUCCUCAGCAUUCUGAAAACAUUCAAUAUUUUCAAGAUCCAAGGACUCAGAUACCCUUUGAAGUCCCACAGUAUCCACAGACAGGAUACUACCCACCACCUCCAACGGUACCAGCUGGUGUGGCUCCCUGUGUUCCUCGCUUUGUGAGGUCCAAUAAUGUUCCAGAGUCCUCCCUCCCACCUGCUUCCAUGCCAUAUGCCGAUCAUUACAGUACAUUUUCCCCUCGAGAUCGAAUGAAUUCUUCUCCUUACCAGCCUCCUCCUCCGCAGCCGUAUGGACCAGUUCCUCCAGUACCUUCUGGGAUGUAUGCUCCUGUGUAUGACAGUAGGCGCAUCUGGCGCCCACCUAUGUACCAACGAGAUGACAUUAUUAGAAGCAAUUCUUUACCUCCAAUGGAUGUGAUGCACUCGUCUGUCUAUCAGACAUCUUUGCGGGAAAGAUAUAACUCAUUAGAUGGAUAUUAUUCAGUGGCUUGUCAGCCACCAAGUGAGCCAAGGACAACUGUGCCUUUACCAAGGGAACCUUGUGGUCAUUUGAAGACCAGUUGCGAGGAGCAGAUAAGAAGAAAGCCAGAUCAGUGGGCACAGUACCACACUCAGAAAGCACCUCUUGUCUCUUCAACUCUUCCUAUGGCAACACAGUCACCAACACCACCUUCUCCUCUAUUCAGUGUAGACUUUCGCACGGAUUUCUCUGAGAGUGUGAGUGGUACAAAAUUUGAAGAAGAUCAUCUUUCCCAUUAUUCUCCCUGGUCCUGUGGCACCAUAGGCUCCUGUAUAAAUGCCAUCGAUUCAGAGCCCAAAGAUGUAAUUGCUAAUUCAAAUGCUGUGUUAAUGGACCUGGACAGUGGAGAUGUUAAGAGAAGAGUACAUUUAUUUGAAAGUCAGAGAAGGACAAAAGAAGAAGACCCAAUAAUUCCCUUUAGUGAUGGACCCAUCAUCUCAAAGUGGGGUGCAAUUUCCAGAUCUUCCCGCACAGGUUACCAUACUACGGAUCCUGUCCAGGCCACUGCUUCCCAAGGAAGUGCAACUAAGCCCAUCAGCGUAUCAGAUUACGUCCCUUACGUCAAUGCUGUUGAUUCAAGAUGGAGUUCAUAUGGCAGUGAGGCCACAUCAUCAGCACACUAUAUUGAGCGGGACAGAUUCAUUGUUACUGAUUUAUCUGGUCAUAGAAAGCAUUCCAGUACUGGAGAUCUUUUAAGCAUUGAACUUCAGCAGGCCAAGAGUAACUCGUUACUUCUUCAGAGAGAGGCCAAUGCUCUGGCCAUGCAACAGAAGUGGAAUUCCCUGGAUGAAGGCCGUCACCUUACCUUAAAUCUUCUAAGCAAGGAAAUUGAACUGAGAAAUGGAGAGAGUGAUUAUACAGAAGAUUCAACAGAUACUAAGCCUGAUAGGGAUAUUGAAUUAGAGCUUUCAGCACUUGAUACUGAUGAACCUGAUGGACAAAGCGAACAAAUCGAAGAGAUCCUGGACAUACAACUUGGAAUCAGUUCUCAAAAUGAUCAGUUGCUGAAUGGAACAGCAGUGGAAAAUGGGCAUCCGGUCCAACAGCACCAAAAGGAGCCACUAAAGCAGAAAAAACAGAGUUUAGGUGAAGACCAUGUGAUUCUGGAGGAACAAAAAACAAUUCUGCCGGUAACUUCUUGCUUUAGCCAACCACUCCCAGUGUCUAUUAGCAAUGCAAGUUGCCUCCCCAUCACCACACCUGUCAGUGUUGGCAACCUCAUUUUGAAAACUCAUGUUAUGUCUGAAGAUAAAAAUGACUUUUUAAAACCUGUUGCAAAUGGGAAGAUGGUUAACAGCUGA